AGUCUUGCUGCCAUUCUGUAAACCCUUCUUCAUCCCACAUGAUCUGACUGUAGCCUGCAGUGCCCAUCUGAAAGAACUGGCCAGAAGAAAUUUCUUCAAGGUCACCAACAUUGAUGCAUCCCAUUUGGCUGAAUAUGCAAGACGAUAUUUGCCACCAGACUGGAAGCAGACAGGGAAAAACCUUGUUACAUGGGACAACAACAACAGUCAGCAUCCACCUUCAGACUGGUUUCAAGAAUUCUGGAGGUUUCUCAACAGUCAUUUUAAUGAGUUAAGUCCUUUCACUGACAUACCUCUAAUACCAGUUAGUUCUCUGUCUGGCAGUCAGACUGUAUCAGUAGCAAAACUACAGCAGAACACAACUCUGAUCUUUCAGAAAAGUAAACAGCUGAAUUUGCCAGACCGAAUAGCUCAGCUGGUGAACAAAGUUGGUGGGACAGUGGUGAGAGGAAAUGAGUGGCUCAGGCAUGUAGACCUUGACUCGUAUGUGCUGUGCCCAUCUCCAAGGAGUGUUUUGAAGGUCCUGAUGAAUUUAGAUUUCCAGCAUCUUGUCACAGAACUCACAUCCGCCUCUCACACAGCACGCGACGAACUGAAAGAUUAUCUCUCUUAUCUGGAUUCUCUCUCAAAAGCAGAGAAAGAUUUUCUCUUGAAGUUGCCUUUGUUUCAAACCAUGAAAGGAUUCAGUGUUGCAGCUCAAUCAAAACAAGCUGUGCUUCUGAUCUCAGGCCUAACAGUACCAACAGAGCUCCCUGUGCCUGAUUCCAUAAUCCAGUGUUCUACUGAGACUGACCGCAGACUGUUACAGCUGCUCAAAGUUCAUCUCUUGGACACUGCCGAAGCAGCCAAU